AUGAAUAAACUCUACGACGUUAUCAUUGUCGGCGGAGGACCCGUCGGCCUCUUUCUGGCUUGCGAACUAGGUCUAGCACGCGCCUCCGUCCUAGUCCUCGAGCAAGACACCAAGCUCGAGAACCCAUUCAAAGACGCCCCCUUAGGUUUUCGGGGCUUGAACACACCAUCAGUCGAAUCCCUCUAUCGCCGCGGCCUGUUAGGCGAACUCAUCGAUCUCGACAAACGGGCCUUAGGGCCCGAGAAAACCGCCGGUUUCCAAUUCGGUGGUCAUUUUGGUGGUAUUGGCCUCAACGCGAACAAACUCGAAUUAGAUCGUUGGAAGUAUCGUCUUCCGGGUCCGGGGUUGAUGCCAMCCCCGACGACUCUUCAGCAGGUGGAGAUGCUUCUCAACAAGCAAGCCGAGAAGUUGGGCGUGACUGUACUCAGGGGCCACGGUGUGCAAAAUAUCGCGGCACAGGACGACAAGAGUGUUACGGUAGAGGCUGGAGAAUCGCAUGAAUCAUUUACCGGCAAGUGGUUAGUAGGAUGUGAUGGUGGUCGAAGCGCAAUUCGCAGAGCUGCAGGGUUUGAUUUUAAGGGGACAGCAGCUAAAUUCACAGGCUAUGCUGUUCAUUGCGAGCUUGACCAUCCGGAGAAAUUAAAGCCGGGAUUCAAUCCUACUGAAAAUGGUAUGUAUGUCAGCAUCAGGCAGAACAGCAUGCAUUUAUUCGACUUUGAUGAUGGUGCAUAUGAUCGCACGCAGAAAAUCACAAGAGAACACCUCCAGGAAGUUUUCAACCGAGUGACAGGCAUCACGGACCUGAAAAUUGAAAAAGUGCACUAUGCAUCCUCGUACACUGACCGCUGUAUGCAAGCAGCUACCUAUCGCAAGGGCCGGAUUCUACUUGCUGGCGACGCUGCGCAUAUUCACUCGCCACUUGGAGCUCAAGGCUUGAAUUUGGGUCUGGGUGAUGCCUUCAACCUGGGUUGGAAGCUAGCUGCAACACUACGAUAUGAGGCUAGCAACGAUAAUGCUGCAGCAAACCUAGAUUUACUGGACACAUACGAAACCGAACGUCAUCCCAUCGCAGCAUGGGCACUCGACUGGACACGCGCUCAAGUCUCGAUACUGCAACCAGGGCCUUUUGGCAGGGCAAAUCGCAAUCUGAUCUCCGAGAUCAUUGAUACACCCGACGGGAUGAACAUGUUCCUGGAUCGCUUCUGGGGCCUGACGGGGCGGUACAAUCUCGACGCGAACGACGGCAAGACCGUACACCCUCUCGUCGGAAGUAGUGUACCGGAUUUCGAAUUCGAGGAUGGCUCAAGGCUGGGCAGUAAAAUGGCUGCUGGAAGAGGUCUGAUUAUUGACUUUCAGGAUAACGUGGCGCUCAAGGAGUUGGCUGAAGGACAGUAUGGAGCUGGAAUCGAUUAUUUGAAUUUGUCUGCAAAGGAUAGGCGCGGUAUUGGGGCUGUGAUUGUUCGACCUGAUGGUUUUGCUGCUUGGGCUAUAGAAGAUGAUGAGAAACCGGAUAUAGACGCAGCGAAAGCUGCUCUGGACAAAUGGUUCGCUUUUUGA